CCUUCGCACCAUAGCCAACAUGCUGCAGAGCCACUUAGCCUUCUCUGCUGUGGAGGAAACUCAUGUGGGACGCUACCACCUCCUCAGAACCAUCGGCAAGGGGGCAUCUGCCAAGGUCAAGCUGGCCCAGCACAUCAUCACCGGCCAAGAGGUAGCCAUUAAAAUAAUUGACAAGAUCCAGCACACGUCCUCCGACCUCCACAGACUAUACAGAGAGAUAGAAAUUAUGAAGGAUCUCCAUCAUCCAAAUAUUGUAAAGCUGUUUGAAGUCAUAGAGAAUGAGCACGCCCUCUAUAUAGUCAUGGAGUAUGCAAGUGGAAGGGACCUCUUUUACCACCUAGUGAAUCAUGACUUCAUGAGCGAAAAAGAGGCCCAAACGAAAUUCCAACAAAUAGUGUCAGCGGUGAAGUACUGCCACGACAAGAGUAUUGUUCAUAGGGAUCUGAAAACAGAAAACCUACUAUUGGACAAGCGAAUGAACAUCAAACUUGCAGACUUUGGUUUAGGAACUGAAUUCACCCCAGGGAGCAAGCUGGAUACCUUCUGUGGCACUCCCCCUUAUUCUGCCCCAGAACUCCUUCAGGGAGAAAAGUAUGACGGACCCCCAGUGGAUGUGUGGAGCCUGGGAGUCAUCCUAUACUUCAUGGUAACUGGAUCUCUGCCUUUUCGUGGGAAGACCUUGACGAAGCUGCGAGAGCAGGUGCUGCAGGGACAAUAUCACGUUCCCUUCCACAUGUCUAGCCAGUGUCAACACCUGCUCAGUAAAAUUUUCAUUCGUGACCCAAGAAAGAGAGCCACGUUAGAGGACAUCCUGGCACAUCCAUGGAUGAAGGUGAGCCAUGAAGAAAAACAAAAGCUCUGUGUGCAGCCACUCCCAGACUACGAUAACCACUGGCACACUGAGGUGACGGUGAACACGGGUUACGUGCAGGAAGACAUUCAUGACUCACUGUUGAACCACAAUUACAAUGAUGCGAACGCCACCUAUCUGAUCCUGCGUCACGACACAUAUGAGAUUGACAGCCACACCAGCACCCUGGAACCCCAGGCUGAAGCCCAUUGCACCGAUAGCCACACUCCUUCCUCAUCCCAUGAAGUGCCUCCUACCGUCUGUCCUAAACCCAAACAGCGUAGUUACACCGAGCCCACCAUUCCCACCUUUGGUUACUACAUCCGCGAUGCUUUGAACACUCUCUCUGAGGGAGGGAUGGGGACCUCCAUGGUGUCUACUUCUCCAUCAUUCUCCCUGGCCCUGGCCCACCUGCGGCAGCAAUCUACCACAGCCUGGGCACAGCCCAACCAGGACUCUGACCUGUAUGCCAAGGGGAGAAACAGUGAGGUGCCACAGCCCAUCACACCACCCCAGUGUGUUUCUGUGCCUUCCUCCUCAGCCUACACCAUCAACGAGAGUGCCGGGGCCCUGGAGAAAACCAGUUUUACCCAAGGAAUGUCAAAUCUAAGCUCCGCAAAUGAGGAGCACGUGCUUGAGUUACCUGACCAGCCGAGUUUGCCCCAGACUGUGAGUCUAGCCUCUUCCUCUGAGGAGCAGGUGCAUGAGUUACCUGACCAGCCGAGUUUGCCCCAGACUGUGAGUCCAGCCUCUUCCUCUGUCAGCAGCCAGGGCUGGAAGCGGGCCACUGGGAGGUUCUUUAAGCUCAUGAGAAGAUGCCUUUGUUUUACAUAUGACAAAAAGGACCACAAAGCAUCGGACAGCAAAGCUGCACAAAUGAUCAAACCUCAACAGGCCAAACCACGCUCUCUCAAAUUUACCUGGAGGAUGAAGAUCACCAGUUCCUUGGAGCCCGACGAGAUGCUGCAGGAGAUCUGUCAAGUGUUGGAUGCCAAUGGCUGUGACUGGGAUCUCACACACAAAUACACACUGCUGUGUAUGAAUGGCACACCAGGACAACAGGACUUCACUCAGUGGAGGAUGGAGGUGUGCACCCUGCCUCGGAGGACUCUCAAUGGGUGUGCAUACCUUCAUCCUCCACUGCACAAAGUCCUCUUGGCCUACACGUCACGUGUGCACAGCAACACAUAUGCCCGGGAGACAUCCCACUCGCAGCUGUUGGCAUCGCACACUUGGCAGAUCUUCCACAUCAUCUCGUUGGGCUCCAUGGAGCUGGUUCCUCCACGUAAACUUCAGCGACAACAGCUUGGCCUCUCCAGGUUUAAGCACUUCCACCUCGUCUUUGCUCUCAGAUUCCUACAGAUCCGCUGCAGCAAACAUGAAGCAAAGAAUUCAUGA